AUGGACUUCAUUCAUGCUUAUCUCUUAUCUCCCGGCUCUAUCUUGGUGGCCGUCGUGACUGUUGUCUUCUUGGUCAACGGAUCAUGGCCACUCCGACAAAAGCAAGAUAAGAUCGCCGAUCUUGCUGUGCCAGAUCAUGACUCUAGUGGACAAUUAUCAGUCUCGAAAGAGCCUGACGUUCCGGAGGGGUGGUAUCAGAGCCAGGAAGUCUUCGAGCUGGAACGUCGGGCACUAUUCAGCAAAUCUUGGCUAUACCUUGCCCAUGUCACCCAGUUUAGUAAGCCAGGAGCCUACCAAACCUUCGAUGUGGCAGGCUUCCCCGUUUUCUUAAUCAGAGGAAAGGAUGAUAAGAUUCGUGCAUUCCACAAUGUUUGCCGUCAUCGCGCAUACACGAUCACCAGGAAGGAGACUGGUACGUCUACUGUACUCGGAUGUCGGUAUCAUGGCUGGAGCUAUGAUACGUACGGGCGGCUGGUGAAAGCACCGAAGUUUGACGAUGUCCCUGGAUUUGAGAUGUCAGAGAAUAGCCUGUUUGAGAUCCAUACAUAUACUACCAGCCAAGGGUGGGUAUUCGUGAACCUGAAUUCUGGGGAACCUGCCCCCAUGGAGGAGUCUACUUUAUCUAUUCUAAGCGACUUCACGCGAAAUGCCGAUUUGGGGACGAGAUCUGAGUGGCUGGCCGGACAAACACUGACUGGAGCUUUCAAUUGGAAACUGGGAAUAAAUACCCGUUAUUCUGCUGACAUCAGUACAAAACUCGAGCAAAAUAUGCCUAAGGUCCUGAACCCAUCUAUCGCUACUCAGAUAGCGCGGACUAUCUGGCAGAAGAAUCGGAAAGCAAACUGCGUUUUGUUCCCUGGCACAUUUCUCUACUCGUUUGAACAAGACGAUAUAUGGUUAUCUUUGACUAUUAUACCAUCAUCGGAGACAAUCACGCAAGUUCGAUAUGAUCUCUUUACUUCUUCGCCAAAGACCGGCAUAGAUCAGGAUGCUUUCAGCAGUGUUGUUGGAGAAGUUAUCCAGGAUUCCAUCAAGAGUAACGAGAUUGAGCUCCAAUCUACCACUGAAAAGCCAGCUGGGAGCUCCCCAAAUAUUCACGGCCUCUUAAAGCAACUGCAAGAGCACCAAAAGCUGGAGCGCACUAGUGGUAGUCUGAUUCGCCCUGCCAUGCGUCAGCCCAAGGGUAGCUCACUUUUCCAACAGGCUGAACAAUUGUGCAAGGAAAUCGAUUGUUCUGGCCCUGGAUCACAGGGUGGAUCUGGUAUUUCUUCCAGUGGGCUAGACUGGUAG